UACAUCUGCACUUAAAGAAUACACAAUUUGAAGGAUGGAUUCAUUACGUUCAAAAAUUCAAGAAAUAGAAGAAGAACUAUCAGGCUUUGGGAAAACAUUACAGGACGGUAAACAAGAAUCUAAGAAGCUCGAAUUCGAGACGAACCAGGUGAAAUUGAUGAAAGAGUCAGCAAUGUUUAUUAUCAAUAUGGAGAGUCGAAUAGUGCAAGAAUCGCGCUCUAAUAUGAAAGAAAUCCACGAAGCUUAUCAAGAAUUGUCGACCCAACCGACUUCGCAGUAUCUGCAAUACUCAGUAAUGAAUCGACUGGAAGAACUUUAUCAGGAAAAAGAGAAACUUGUAUCAAAACUAGGUUACUUAAAAUUAAAACGGGGCAAAGAAGAAGCAGAACUAGAGGAAAUAAAGAUGAAAGUUACGGCUCGAGAGAACAAGAAAAGAGCCAUGCUUCUAAAGUUGGAGAAAAAUUGUGAGAAAUCCGAAGCUGCUAGGAAAGAAGCAGUGGCAAAACUAAGGGAAGUUAAAAAUAAACAAAAAUAGCUUUAAUUCGGAAUUUUAUUUAUCACAACGAGGAUUUGUUUUAGGAUUAAUGAAAAGGAUUCAUGUAUUCUUUCCAUUAAUCCUAAAACAAAUCCGCGAUCCACAUA